AUGAUGAAUCCACUGACAUAUCGUUUAUUAAAUGUCUCCAAACUGGGCCACAAAAGCAACUGGAGACUCAUCCAGACGUCAACGAAAUUAAAGAUCUUUUGGGAGCCGAACAGAAGGUCGGGCUUUCCAGAGAUAUCAGAUUAUAAAGAAGAAAAGUUGAAUCCUUUCCAGAGAAUUUAUAAAGGUUAUUUUCAAUUACUUGAGGAAUGUAAAAAGCUGAAGGCAGAAAUAAAGAGUCACUUGCUCGUUGACCCAGAAAUGAUCAUUUAUCCUGGUGAAGUAGAUGUUCAGUGGAAAUUCAGAGGGGAUCCAAAGAUCCUUGACCAAUGGGUAGUGACAUGUGACAGUGACUUCAAUCACGGAUAUUCAAAAGCAGCGUUAUCAUUAUCACCAACUGGGGCUGGUUUAUUCUCUGGAAUCGUCGACACACGAGUCCCACAAGAUGGUAAACUACAUCGAGCUGGGUAUUGCAACGUCAAAUCGGUUGUACGACGUGGUGCGUUCCUGAUUCAACGACCGUAUCAGUGGUUCAGCUACACUCAUUGCAUACUGCGAGUUCGUGGAGAUGGACGAACAUAUAUGGUUAAUUUACAUUUAGAAAAUGAGUUCGAUGUUACAUGGUCAGAUCUCCACAGUUUUCCACUGUACACCAGGGGAGGUCCAUACUGGCAGUUCGUUAAAAUACCAUUUUCUAAAUUUUUUUUGGGAAGCAGAGCGAGAAUUCAAGACUCCCAGGCACCCCUACGACUUCACGAAGUUAGGGGGAUAAGUUUUACAGCCGCCGGUAUUGCCGGACCUUUUCACCUAGAAUUUGAUUACAUUGGAGUUCAGCGGGACCCCAAACACACGGAAAAAUUCGCCUACGAAAUGUACAAACCACCGCAUCCCUAUUACGUUUAAACUUUCAUUUUCUUAUCGUCUUUGUUCAGUUGAACGAGCAAAUGACUUGGAAAAUCCUGAAAUAUUCAGCGGUUUAAUUGUUAACAUUGACGGGAAAAUUUAAGCAUCAACAUCAUUCAACAGAUUUUCAUUUCCCUCCAUCCCGUACAUAAUUACACAUUGUCCUUAAUACUAACAUCAAACGAUGUAAAUGUAAAUAACUCGUCCUAUUAUUUAAGCUUUUAUAAUGUUUUAAUCGCCAUAAAAAUAAACAACAAUAUAAUAUUUCAAUGUGUACUGUCACGAUGGUGGAUUUUCCGAGUGUUUUUUUUUAGAAAGAUAUUUAUAAGUAUUUUUGGACAUCAAAUAACUGAUACCACCGGCUACUGUAGUAAAAGCUGUUAGAUAACAGAGGCCUUGGAGUAGUGGAUGAUCGACGAAGUGAAAAACUGGAGCUGCCAAAGUACUAGCGACUAAUGACAAUUGAACUGCUGUAUUCAGUUUACUAGUCAAUGUAGGAGCUAGCUGAACCGUUGCAUGGGUUGGAUCGAAAUAUCUCGUCAAUGUUUUCUGUAGUGGAAUUUAAAUAGUAUAUUAAUAACAAUGAUAUUGUAAAUAUUGUGCACCAACGAUGAGAAUAAAUUAUUGAGUUUCAAGAUGAAAGAUAAAA